AUGUCUACUGCACUGCUUGUGUACACUCCAGAUGUGCCUUUAGAAGAUCUUCACCUCGCUGAUUGUGAAAUCCUACCAACUAAACCAUUUCACGAUAUAGGACACCACAUCGAAAAUGUUUUUACAGAGUUGCCACAUUAUCUAGAGGACAAAGAGAGACAGGUUUCUGAAGAUUGUGUUAAGACGUGCCUGGAUGGGAAAGACAGUAUGCGUGUGGGGUUGACUACCGAGCAAGACUACUAAAAACAACAACGUACACGCGGCAAAAUAAAUCUCUUUCUGACACACCUUGUUUAAUCCUGGAAACACUUUCAGAAAUGCAACGAAUUUUCUACUGUGAAGAAGAGAAAAGAAAUCCAUGCCUGAUCCUGAGAUACUGCAACCAAUCCUGGUACCAUGCUAUUCUCCUAAAGCUCCUACUCAAACAUAAAAAAAAAUUACGAAGCGCAAAUUGUUUGGUGUGUAUUUCCAUGAUCUCACAGCCCAUGCAGGUUGCAUGUUUUGCCUCGUGUCAGGACAAGCAGCCAAUGCAGAAGAGGAAGAAAGACUGUUCCAUCACAUCAAAAUCAUUGCAAAGAGGACAAGCAACUACAGCAACGACCAAGUCAUCCCCAAUAUCAUGGUAUGCUUACAAGCAGAGAAGAAGAUGGCACAGAGAGAAGAUGCUUCGAAACAAGAUGCACAUAUCAGCACGCUAUCCAAAGCCCUCAGUCCUCUCCGAAAUACCCGAAUUCCAAUUUCCAUCAUAAAGAGAUUUGAGAGAGAAUGA